UUUCUCAGAGAAAAAACCUACCCAAAUCAUCAAGAAAACAUAAUGGCUAUCUCAACUUCCAACUCCCUCAUCCCUGCAAAGACCUUAAUGCCCCCAACAAACCACUCCCUAUGCCCAUCCACCAACAGCAUCAGACCCGGGACUAAGCCCACCUCCAGGCCCAUUCUAGCCGUCCAUGCAGCCGAGCCCACCAAGAACGUUAACCCGGUGGUCUCCGACAAGCCGGCGGACAAGUCGCAGCCAGCAUCCUCCGCAAUGGCAGCUGCAGCCGCAACCGCUCCAGCUCGUAACGCUGUGCAGGGAAAAUGGACCCCGGACAGCUGGAAAUUGAAGCGGGCACUGCAGCUGCCGGAGUACCCGAACAAGGAGGAGCUGGAGGCGGUGCUGAAGACGCUGGACGCGUUCCCGCCGAUCGUGUUCGCAGGGGAGGCGCGGAGCCUUGAGGAGAAGCUUGGGGAGGCGGCGAUGGGGAAGGCGUUCUUGUUGCAGGGUGGGGAUUGCGCUGAGAGCUUCAAAGAGUUUAAUGCUAACAACAUUCGUGAUACAUUCAGGAUUCUCCUCCAGAUGGGUGCUGUAUUGAUGUUUGGUGGCCAGAUGCCCGUCAUAAAGGUGGGGAGAAUGGCGGGUCAGUUUGCAAAGCCAAGAUCGGACCCAUUUGAGGAGAAGAACGGGGUGAAGCUGCCCAGCUACAGAGGUGACAACGUGAAUGGAGAUGCUUUUGACGAGAAGUCGAGGAUUCCGGAUCCACAGAGGAUGAUCAGAGCAUACUGUCAAGCCGCUGCCACUCUCAACCUUCUCAGAGCUUUUGCCACCGGUGGCUACGCUGCUAUGCAGAGGGUCACUCAAUGGAAUUUGGACUUCACUCAACAUAGUGAACAGGGAGACAGGUACCAAGAGCUUGCUCACCGAGUUGAUGAGGCCCUCGGCUUCAUGGCCGCCGCAGGGCUCACGGUGGACCAUCCUAUAAUGAAAACAACUGAAUUCUGGACUUCACAUGAGUGUUUGUUGUUGCCAUAUGAACAAUCUCUCACUAGGUUGGAUUCAACUUCUGGACUCUACUAUGACUGCUCUGCCCAUAUGCUCUGGGUUGGGGAAAGAACCCGACAAUUGGAUGGUGCCCAUGUUGAGUUCUUAAGAGGAGUUGCCAAUCCCCUAGGAAUCAAGGUGAGUGAUAAGAUGGAUCCAAAUGAGCUAGUUAAACUCAUUGAUAUCUUGAACCCACAAAACAAACCAGGGAGAAUUACCAUAAUCACAAGGAUGGGAGCUGAAAACAUGAGAGUGAAGCUUCCACACCUAAUUAGGGCUGUGAGGAAAGCAGGACAAAUUGUCACAUGGGUCAGCGAUCCUAUGCAUGGAAACACAAUUAAGGCUCCAUGUGGUCUCAAAACUCGCCCCUUCGAUGCCAUCAGGGCUGAAGUGAGAGCAUUCUUUGAUGUGCACGAGCAAGAAGGAAGCCACCCAGGAGGAGUUCACCUAGAAAUGACGGGUCAAAACGUUACCGAAUGCAUUGGUGGAUCAAGAACCGUCACAUUCGAUGAUUUGAGCUCACGCUACCACACUCACUGUGACCCAAGGCUCAAUGCUUCACAAUCUCUUGAGCUUUCUUUCAUCAUCGCUGAGAGGCUCAGGAAGA